CCUUUAACCAAGCUCUGCAUGUCGUCGCUCGAUCAGACGUAGCUGCAUCGUCUCGUCCGUCCCACGACAAGACACCAUCACCACAAUGAACGCCACAAGUCUCUUGCGGCCGAUGGGCUGCCUGAAGACGGCCCUCCGCCAGACGCGGCACCAGAGACUCCUCGCCCGGUCCAUGGCCACCGCCGCCGCCCCUGAGCCACCAUCAUCCACACCCUCACUGGCGACGCCCUCAGUGAAGCCGUCCUACUACGGCCCCCGCAACAAGCCUACCUUCGCAGUCUACCCCCCCCUCCCCUCAAUCCGCCAAACAACCCACAAGAACCCGCUCCCCUCCCUCGACGCCGCCCAGCGCACAACCCUCGACCCGACCGGCGCCCGCACCCGCCUCUUCGACCCAGCCCGCCCCGACGCCGCAAAAGUAGGCGACGUCCUCAUGGUCACCACCAAAUCCGGCGAACCUUUUUCGGGCGUAUGCAUGUCCAUCCGCCGCCGCGGCGUCGACACGGGCAUCCUCCUCCGCGGCCAGCUCAUGAAGGUCGGCGUCGAGAUGUGGUAUAAAAUCUACUCCCCGACCGUCAUCGGCAUCGACAUUGUCUGGCGCCGCCCCAAGCGCGCGCGCCGCGCCCGCCUGACGUACCUGCGCAAGCCCAAGCACGACAUGGGCAACGUCGAUCACCUCGUCUUUGCUUGGAAGAAGGAGAGGUACGGCACGCGCAGCAAGGGCAGGGCUGGUUCGAGGUUCUAGAGGUGAUAGAGAGAGCGGGGAAGGGGGAGGAACGGUGUUAUUCGGACUUUUUGGUCGGGAAGACAACAGACCAAUUACUGAGAUUGGAAGGACGUGUUGGAUGCGGGAGUGAGGCUUGUACGUUGGUGGAAUGUACGCUUAGAGAAAAAACGGGCGAGCUGUACAACGUUGGCCUGUGUAGAGUCAUGUACAUGAACACAAUCACAUUAAAUACAAGAGGCGGUGAUGGCCAUCAGCAAA